AAAACCCACGUUUUUGCUUCCGGCGCAUUACGCAUCGAUUCCUCCAUCUUUGUCACACUACGUGUGAGGCUGAUGCACUGGCACGUUUACUCAUUUAAAAACGCGUGUAUGGUUGAUGAAUUUUGGGUGGAAAUCUGAACCCCUGUCCUUUUAGAUGCUAUGACCAUAACAAUCGCUUUUUGACCGUUUUGGCUGGAGGUUACGAGAUAAAGUUCAACUGAAGUUUGCGAGAACGACCGUCAGCUGCAGUCAGUGACCGACAUGACGCCAGAGUUUUGAGGGUCGUGGACGUGAUAUUUGAUGAGAUUGGAAAUGCCCGUUGAUUCAUUCGAUUGUACAAACAGUGAAUACUUCUGUGAAUUAUGCAGCCUGGAUUUUACGACCCAAAAUGUGAGUGCAUUUGUAUAGCCUUAACAAAGCUGUAUUAUGCGUUUGUUUGACAGCUAGAUUGUAAAUUAUGCCUUGUUCCUUUGCUUUUUUCAUUAUCACCUGGUAGCAACCCUAAAUUAUAAGCUCAUACAGUUAAUUGUCCAAGUAAAAUUUCUAUUUAUCUGUGUUUUUUUUGUAAAGUGUCCGUUACGUGUAUAACAUCGUUCAGUUUAAGUGAAUCAUUUCGAUUCAUUUCUUCUUUUACAUGUAGCUUGUCUCUAUACAGUGUAACAGUUACAAAGUGUUUUGUUGAUAAUUAACAUAUGAGUCUUUUCCACAGUCUGUAGUGCUAAUUUAGAAUGAAUGACGUAUUGAAUCUCAUGUGCUUGUGGUACAAGAUAGUUUUGAUAAAUGACUUUUUUUUAGCUGCAUUGAGAAUGAUUGGAAGAAUUUGAAAGAAUAUUUGACAUAUGUGACAGCCCAGGAUUAGUACAGAUGCUUCGAAUUACAGUCAAACCUCUUUAAGAGUUUUGUUGGGAAUCGGCUAAGAUUUCAAAACUGAUCUUCAGAAAUAAUCGGAUUGACCCACCCAAUCGAUUAUCCAGUAUACAGGUAAUCGGCUAACUCUCUCUACAAGAAUUCUGUCAUGGAUGUCUGCUGUAUGGUGUUUACGGACACAAACAAGAAUGUACAAAAUGUAUCCGAAAAGGGAUAUCAGUGGAUUUUUCAAAUAUUUUCAGCUCUGUCAGUGUGAAUUUUCUUAUUUUUUUUCUACACAAGGUUUGGUGGCAAUGGAAGUAACUGACCUAAGAGAAAAGUGAGGUCACCAGGCUUGUUUUUGAAUCAGGGUCAAAACUGUGCUCUUUGAAAGAAAAAAUUGAAGGGACCGGGUGGAAAGAAAGUCAGUUUUACAGCCUGCCAUUCGGGCAAGCUGUAGCUAGCAUGUACUAGCCCACAAGUCAUUUCAACUAGCCCCAAAACCCUUUUUGAUUAGCAGGAUUGAUUACCAUCCUUCUGUGAUUUGAAUUUCCCAAAAAAUUCACCUGCCCGUCGGGCAAGUUAAGAACAGUAUUCACUAGCCGCAAAGCAAAAUCCACUACCCCUGGGCUAUCGGACAUGACUUUCUUUGCACGCUUAAGGGAGCCCAGUACUCUGAACCUGUCAAAUCCAUGGUGCCCAGCAUAUGAUUUCCAUGAGAAAACUAAGAUUUUUGAGGCACCACAGGCCACUGGGCACUGCUUGAGCACAGUCUUGAGUGUAAAAUAAUUUUGUAUUCAGGCAGUAAAAGUUUGCAAUAAGAACAUUUUUGCAGAUUAUCAGUUUACAAUGUUAAGUGUAAAAUAUUCUUUUAAAGAAAUCGCUUUUCAAGAUUUCUGCGUCUGUUUUUCAAUAAAUAAGUUGGUUGGCAUAAUCAUGUUAAAAGGAAUGCUAUGCCAUGUGAAUUUUUUCAGCUAUUAUGUUGUAAGUGAUUAGUAAGCCUGUGUACAGAUGCAAAUUACAUGUGCUAGUUACAUUGUCUUGUGAUAGUAAGUGCACGUGGUUUCCUCUCUUUUAUAGUCAUCGGAUGAAGGGGUCAGGGUAUUAAGAAAAAUUGAAAACUUCCAACUACAUGUAUCCUCCUUUGAGGUUACUUGAUCCCUACAAAAUAUUUAAUAUGAUUUUGCGGUGAUUUUGACUGACUACACCCUGGGUUCUCAAGAGCCGGCAGCAUUUCGGCCACUUCACAUGAACUUGCCACCUACUUUUCUUUGGAAAUUACCCCUAAGAAAGCCAAAAUUUAAUGAUGUCUCUGUUCUGUUCAAACACUCUAAUUUUUGCUCCAGAAUGCUGGAAGCCCAGGUUUCCAAAUUUUUUCCUGAGGGCAUGCCCCCGGAUCCCCCUCGUAACUUCCUCUUUUUGCGCUAGCAAGUGGCCAGUGGCACGAGUUUUUUCGUUCUCCGCCUACUCCAAGACUUUUGCCACCUACUUAAAACCUUAUUGAAAACCCUGUACACCAGAACAGCAGAACCAACCUGUUUUAAGUUUUGUGUUUAUGUUGAAAAUAAGGUCUCACUAGAGAACCAUUAAACACAUGAUGAGCCUUUGUUUCACCACAUUCACUGUUUGGACAGGUUAAUUAAGGAGUUUUCCAUGUCGAGACCUGAAACAUGUCAAAGAACUGAAGUGGUCAUCUACAUUUCUUGCUUCUUAAACAGUUGGGGUAAUUUCUAUGAAGUAUUGUUGAUCUCAGCACAGUCAUCUUCUGUAACUUUUACUGACAUUAACACACUGUCCUGAUUUAUUACCACCUUAAAAUUUCCCUUACAGUGUACGUGUAUUUCAAAAUCAUCUUGUCUCUAAAAUUUUUUUAAAAACUUCAAAAAACAGCGUUAUCUCUCAAUUCCAUGGUAGCUGACACCAUCUUAGCAAAAUGAUGCACAUAAGAGUUGGGCACUGCAAAACAAAGGAAUGACCUUAGCUUUGUUCAGUGUUUUUUGUUUGUUUGUUUGUUUGUUAUUUUCUAUGCUGGUGGCAUUAUUAAUUUUCUCAUUUUAUCUCAAGUUGGAGUUUCAAGCUGGUCUCACUACCUGUAAAAUUUAUCAUAUUCAAGUUUUUCUACCCACAUACCAUUAACAUUUGAUACCUACAGUGUAAUAGCCAAGUUUGAUACUUGGAAGUCGGUAACAAAAGCACACUUAAAGAUCAUUCAAUGAACUUACAAAUACUGACAUACACUUUUCAGGUCAUUUUUGGAGAGGCAAUUCAGAAGAACUUAAAAUCGAUUGGGCUACCAGUUGGAGAAAUUGACGUUUUUGCUUCAUUUUAGUUUGUAUUUGAGCUUUCUAAACUCUUUGUGAAAGGAAUAUUUUUUUUAUUAUCUACAUUUGAGGGGCUAGAGGAUCAGAAUUUGACAGUAAUUUGAUGGCUUAGACUCCCUGUGAAAGGAAUAUACAUCUACAUUUUACUAGAGAUCGUAGUGAGUAGAGAUUAAAGUGAACACUGUUCAUGUUAGCCUGUUUUUAGUGAGGGCAUGGGGUGGCUUUAGACAGGCCAUUACAUGUAUGACUGUGUACCAUAAACGUAGAAUAAUUGUUUCUGGAUGAUUUGCAUUGCAGGAAUUGGAAGAGCAUACAUGGUCUAUGCUUCACAAUACAAAUUUGAACAGAAAGCAAGGAAGGUAUGAAAAAGAUUAUCUACUGUUGCUGUUGCUUUUAAAUUCUUUGAACAGCAACUUUUUGGGCAAAGUUUCAUUCUUUGAAAAAGUGUUGUAGCAAAGUAAGAUGGAGAAUCAGUCAUGGUACACCUAUUUCUAGAUUACAGUGUGUACAUGCAUGUGAAGAACUGAUAACACAUUUGGGCAGGAAGAGGUUUUUAUCAUGGAGAAAAUGAAAUCAGUCAUGGUACAGUUAUUUCUAGAAAUGGGAUAAUAAUUUAUCAAAAAUGAAGUGUCAGUCAUGUGAGAGCAAAGUAAGAUGAAGAAUCAGUCAUGGUACAGUUAUUUCUUGACGCGAUUCUCUAUAGCUUGUUCUCGAUUACAUGUAUGUCAACUGAACGGUGAAGAUAAUGAGUGUAUGAUAUGGAGAUUAGAGAAUUAUGAUCAGUGCACAUGAAGUGUCUGUCAUUUGAGAGCAAUAAUAUUAUUUUAGUGGUCUCUCUAUUUUAUUCUAGGUUGAUUGCAAAAGCUAGUAAGUGUGGCAGUUGACAGGGAAGGGGGUUAAUAAUGUCCUUUUUUUAAAAGCAGGUGUUGGAAAAAGGGUGGGGGAAGCUUGAUAGACUGUAGCACAUAUUCCAUGCAUACAUGUAGUUAACUUCCUAAGUAAAUGCACCAAUAUAAAGGGGCAGAGCGAAGUGUCUGCUUUAUGUGAAAAAUUGUGCACCUCUCAGAGCUAAAAAAACUUGAAUGCCAGCUUGUCCUUUGGGCACGCAGCUCUCACAUUAUGCCUAGCCAGGGCCACUUCUUGUUCAUUUUGUUAGAGGAUGACUUGCCUGUUGCCCAUUGGGUAAGAAGCUUUAAGACAGAAUUCGUUAAGAAACUGAGUAAUUUAAAUUUUCAGUGGACAAAAGCCUCAUACCAGAAUAUUUUAAGCCCUGGCUAUCACAUUGUUUUUUACACUUUUCAAGAGCUAUCUGUAAUAACACCAUGAAAGACAAUUUCUUACGGCAGCCCAAGGAAAUAAAUUUCAAAUUUCAAAUUUCAAAGGAGUUGAGAAAACACAGGUAAAAUCAUCAUGCGUAAGAUUUCUUUUGUGAAAUUUGAGGCUUUUGAAGUUUGUUUUCUUGGGCUCGAAGAAGAGCCUUUUCUUCGGAGUUAUUUCAUAGAGCGUAUUACUUUUAAAGCCCUUGAAAAGUGUGAAACCGAAUGCAAUAUGCUUGAAAUUAUUCUGGUACAAGGUUUUUCUCCCCGGAAAAGUAACAUUACUCAAUUUCCUAAUGGACUCUUUCUUAAAAGUUACUUGCCCAGCAAGAAAAUCUACUUGUUCAGGUGGACUUCCAGAUGGGACUUUUUGCGAUCCCCACCUCGGGGACCAAAAGUACUGUUUGUAAUAGAGAGGUGGGAGUAUUAUAGGGUUUUCUGUAGGAGAGGUUCAUCAGUACAUUUGAGUCAGUGCCAAACAAAAUUCGUCAGAUUAGUACUGUAGAAGAUUCUGAGGAACUACCCAAUAACCCCUCCCCUAAGCCAGCGUUUUGCCCUAACUAAGAGGUGUCAGUGGGCAGUGACUCAUUAUCUUGUAAUGAUCCAAUUCAUCACUUACUAGACAUUGAUUUUUUAACUGUUUUACUCCCAAGAUCUUGUUAGAAAUUCUCCUUCUGGCUUUGAUUCAUUACCUUGAACAUUAGUUAAGCAGGGUGCAAAGAAAAUCAGUUUUACAGCUUGCCAUUCGGGCAAGCUGAUGCUAACAUUUACUAGCCCAGGGGUCAUUUCAACUAGCCGCAAAAGCUUUUUGAAGAGCGGAAUUGAUCUCACAGUUCUUCUUUUAUUCGAAUUCCUGAAAAAAGAUCACUUGCCUGUCGGGCAAGUUAAAAACAGAAUUCACUAGCCCAAUAGCAAAAUCCACUAGCGGCGGGCUAUCAGACACUACUGUCUUUGCACGCUGAGUUAAGACAAUUUUUGGGUUACCUGGUAUAUUAAAUUAUGAUGUAAUGUGCACUUUGAUUGGUUAAAAAAGUGUGCUUUGUGAGAGUAUAAAACAUGGACCAAAAGAUGUCACGCCAUCUUCUAAUCGUUUGUUUUGAAAAUUAGAAAGUAAUGCAUGGGGAAUUUAACGGAUUAUUUUUCAUAGAACCAGUAAAGAAUCCAGGUUGACUGUGCUCUGUUCUGUUGUAAAACACUUACAUUGUAGGAAGUGGUUAGAGCACUCAAGAAGUAGGGAGAAACCAGGGAGAAUAUCUUGUGUUUCCCUUAACACUUUUUUUUAUGUUCUAGCCGCUUCCUCCACGCUUUACAACAAAACAGAGCACAGCAAAAGAUUCUUUAUUUGUUAAAUAACAUUUUUCCAGCUGAUAAAUUUACCUAUUGUCAUCACCUGUUUGCCAGACAAUGUUGGAGAUGUUACAUUCCAAUCACUUCUAGGCAUUUAAGGGUUACCCUUGCUAAUUGCAGUCAAAAAAGUGGAAGAAUAAGGUUAUCAAUAAUAGUUAACCUUUGUAGUCCCAGUGUCAGUUGUCAAAGGAAGUCAGCCUAACUAAAAAACCUUACAAACAUGAUGUAGGCGACCUUUUUAGGUUAGCCAACAUGUCAGGCAAAUGCAAAGACCUUUUCCUUGAUUUAGCAAACCACCCAAGGCAUAGUAAAUGAACAGAUUCUUAUGUGCAAAGGACCAUUUCUCUGACUUCACUUACCUUUUUUUUACAUUUUAGAGAUUGUGUUCACCGCUGCAGCUUGUGUAGGCAGGAAUUUGUCGGAUUAUUGGAAUUCACUGGUCAUUUGCAUGGUGACAGCCAUCAAGAGAAGCUUCACAACUGGCGAAGGGAUCAGCAGCGGGAGUGGAGUCCAGAAAAGCAGCAGCUAGAUAGGCCGGAUCAAAGACAGAGAAACAGGCCAAUUUCUGACUGGAGUACAGACGAUUUUUCUGAUUUUGUAGAGUACUUUAGUGACCACGGUGGGGAGGCACAUAUGAACAACAACAGGCACAGGGGUAGGGGUAGGGGUCCACCCAUUCCCAGGCUGAUGGAUGGUGCGCCUCAGUCUGACUACCGCUACCAUGAUAGGAGAAGGGACAGAAGAGAACACUAUCAAGAAGGAGGAUAUCCACCAUGGAAUGAUGGUGGCAGAGACCAGAUGAGAGAAUUUAGAGACAGUCCACCGCCACCGGGUCCUGAAUAUCCAGGAAUGGAUUACCCAGAUCAGAAGUAUGACAGAUAUCAUUGGAGAAGGAACACUGAUGAACGAUAUAAUGACAGGCAUUAUGACCACUCCGGGUACAUGUAUCCCGACGAUGGAUGGAGACCCCCUUAUGACAACAAUCAACAGUUUAGAUCGAGACGUGAUAGUCAACCUCGUCGCUAUGGCGACGGAGAUUUAAGGCGUAACAGCAACUCGCCACACAAUAGUUCAAGGCAAAAGCUAAGUUCAGUUGUCUCUUCUAAAAAACAGAGUGAUAAAAGUCCUAGCUCUAGAAACAAAGACACUGAAGGAUCAGCUGAGAGCAGGAAGAAACAGUCACCGCGUGAUAAGGAAGCCCUGGGUAAAAGCUCCCCAGGUGCAACAAGUAGAAAAGCGUCAAAGGAUAAGACAUCAUCUCCGAAGGCGAAUUCUUCUUCAGGGAGCCCAAGUGGAAAAAAUACAAGGAAAGGAACUCCUCGAAAGCUAGCCAGACCUGUGGAAGAAAAUGUCGAGAAAGACAAUGAUCGUAAGAGUAAAAGUCCCACAACGGAAGAAGACUCUGAGGCAGUUACGAGAAAAGUGCAAGUUGAUCGUAAUAAUAAAAUGGAGAUCACAGUUAUGGCAAAAGAAAAAGUUGUGGCGGAACCUUCAAAAGAGCCUACACUCUUGUCUGCUGUCAAAGCAACGAAGGAUUUACCAACUGAGGAAUCAAGUAAAUCAAAAAGCAAAGAGAAUACAGCGAUUAACCCAUCUUUAUCAUCACGAGCCCAAGAAGGGGACCCCUCAACAGCUAGAAAUGAUGUCUAUUCUUCAGCCAACAUCAAGAAUUCCUCUGUAACAAUUAAAGGGGAAAUUCUUUCCUCAAGCAAAGAAGAUAAAACAAACUGUCAUACAACGGAUAAAAGAGACUCUUUAUCGACACUCAAACCCUCGCUAUCAUCUAAAGGAAGUUCUCCGAACUUUGACAGAAGACAAGUAUCUGUAACAGGAAAAGAUAAAGUUGAAACUGUCACAGACAAAAAUCAAUCAGCAACCUCGUUGCUCGAAAAAUUUCCAAAAGAAAAACCGGCCCCUUUUCUGGGUAAAAAGAACAAUUCUUCUGAUCAAUCAACUGAGAAAGCAAAUGGUGAAGAAAGCAAAGACACACAAAGUUGUGAACUUGGAGCGGAUUCUCCAUCAUCAUUAACAAUGAGGAGUGAAGCAGCAUUAAAUUCCAAAAGUUCAAACGGGCCAUCAUUCACGAUAGACAAAUUGUCAACUGUAUCUUCGACCAGAGAAAAACAAAGUUCUCUUGGUUUUACUCAAAAUUCAAGUUCCUUGAUCUCAGGGAGUGAAAGAAAUAAAACAUUCGGUGUCAAUGUUUCAAGUCAAAGCGAUCAGAAAGGUGAUAUUUCAGCAUCCUCUGCAAGCACAAUCUCAACUAUAAGUUCGCUGCCUUGGGAGAAACGGGAGGAAAAACUCAGGUCUUUACUUGGAAUAAAGAAAGAGCCAAAGGAUACGGAGGUAACUGGAAGGAUUUUAAUUCCUUAGGGAAUUCUGCCUACUAUGCAAUAACGUAGGCAAACUGGUUUUCCAGUGGAACUAUUGUUGUGGUCGUUGUUUUGUUUGUUUGUUUGUUUGUUUUAGGCCUUUUCCUACCAUUUUGGCCUUUUUUCUUCGCCUGGCCCUUUUAGUUCUGCAUGUGACUUUUCGCCUUUGUCCCUUGGUUUGUACCCCCUACGCUUCGUUUUACCUCCUAUUUCGUUAUAAAAUGUACUUUCUCAUUCUGAGUAAUGACUUAGUAACAGAAAACAAAGAUACCGUAUUUUCUCCAUGCUGCACAGCAAAAUGUACGGUACCAUAAAACUGUAAUUUGGGUAAUGUACGUGCGGUUGUCAUCCUCAGAGAUCCUGGCGCAGAACGGAAGGAAGAAUCGUCCCACCCUGACAAGCUGCCCCCGGGUCUCCGAGGAUCGGUACUAAUAAUCAAACCUGCAUAUUGCGUGAAAGUCAACUCCUUACGCUACACAUACGCUGUACUGUAAUGUUUUCUCCUUUCAGAACCAAGAAGACUCCAUCUCACGUUCAUUGGCCAAACCUGACACAGUGACAACAGAGAGCGAGAAGAUAGCCUCUGUUCCCAGCCACAGCCUGUCAUCACCAAAGUCAUCCUUUGGCACUGGGUCUGUUAAAGGAUCUUCCUCGCGACACAUUCCAGGGUUUUCCCAGUUGUCAUUGUCCCGUCCACAGUGUAGUUUUGUUCAUAUUGACGGAGUGCAAUGUGGUGCAGCCACUUGGAAUAAGUAAGUGAAUAAGAAAUGCAUACACGACUGAUAAAAUGAAAAGGGAGUGGAGCUCAGGAAGCAGGCAGUUUGGAUAUUGGCCAAGUUCUCUUCCUUUUUGUUGUCAAGAUUGUUCUGCCCUCUCGGCUUGCAAACCAGAACACAGGAUCCGCUCCAUCUUGCCCGCUGUCUGAAGAUGUUGUAUAGUAAUUGGCCUUUUUAUUUAUUUAUUUUGAUUAUUUUAUUUAUUUAUUUUGCAGAGAUAAUUUCCUUUUUCCUUCCCCACAGGUACUGUUCUUAUCAUCAGCGAGUAUUCAAAGGCGAUAAAAACAGCACCCAAGAGCAGAGCGUCAACUCAGUCGUGAGGAAUGCGUCGAGAGACGAAACUCACGAUCGCGAAUCAUCAACGAGAUCCCUGAUAAAUAUUUCUGGAGGGACACAAAUAUUCAAACCGAUCGCACCCUCUAACAAACCUAGUGAGCUUUUCGGUUUUGCCUCAGGUCUGGAAGAAAAGAUUGGUCAAAGUUCCUCCCAUUCGGACGAAUCAAAGAACAUCCAAGGAGCGAAAGAACCUGAAAAAGCUAGUCAGGGUGUUCCAAAAACUGGUCGUGAGGUCGACCUCAACUCCAUUUUGUACACAGCAGCGGGGACUACUGGCGAUGCGCCUUCGGCAAAGAUUGAUCUUAGCACCACUGGACCUUCAAGAAAUUUGCUUCUACGGGGAUCUUCGUCGGCUAUUUAUAGCGAUCGCAGCGUUGGUGCAAGUACUGUUGCCAACACUGGUGCAAAUGUUGGUGGUAACAUUGAUUUAAGUGACACAGUACCAAGACCAAGAAGACUGUUGGGCUAUCACGAUACAACCGUGGAAAGCGACAUCGACAGACCUGGAAUUGAUUUAAGUGACACUGUGCCAAACCUUGAGGGAUUUCUAGCUUUGCAUAGCUCUUCAACUGUGGAUGCUAAGGGUGGCUCACAUAUUGACUCUAGAACGGGGAGAUCUCAGACGUAUCAAGACCUGAGUUCAACGAUACCAAAUCGCGAAGAUAGUAGUCCAAGUAUCGAUCUAAAUGAGACUAUACUCCAACCUAUCAGAUCUCGAACGCCACAUUUUGAACUCAAGGAAGCACACCUGCCAAACGCAAACCGCCAGCCUACAACUAGCUCCUUGACUUCAGGUGUAAAUAGUGGUGUCAUUUAUCCACUGAAACAUUCGGUGAAAGUUGAACCUGAAGAACAAAGAUCACAAGCCUCGGAAACUCAAAACACAGGAAUGAUUGAUUUGAGCUUUAGCACUAAACUUCUGGGUUUGCCGCAUUCCGUUGUUGCACCUUUCAACUCUGGCAAUCUCCCACCACAAAAACCGUCGAGAGAAUCGACCCAAUCACCGUCUGAGUUUUCCACGAAGUCGUCUGUUCUUUCCUCUCCGCGAAGCUAUGCGCCCUCUUCUCCUCAGAGCCCAAUGUUUACUCGGAGAGUUUCUUCGACAACGCCUUUACCUACGGAUCAAUCUGCUAGUCAUGGAUCUACCAUUUCGCUACCCAGUCUAUCGCUUGAUCUGUCGCGGUUUAACCUUCCUCCUGCCGUUCGAAAAGCUUUGGCAGAACGUUACAGUGGAAAAAAGGCGACCAGUACGGCUGGCGAUAACCCAGUUGAGUCUAACGACGGUCGCAGAUCACAGCCACUCUUCUCAGAGCAUAGGACUGAAAGCUCAUUUGAGCCCGGAAAAAAAGCGUCUCCUUUGCCAGCGAGGCUGCGAUCUCGCGGUCAACGAAGUAUCAGUUUAGAUUCUCCCAUUGUAAGAAGAGAUUUCUUGCACACCGGAGAGUUGCCAAGGUCAAAGUUGCUUGAGACGGGAAGUACGUUUGACGCAAACCAGUUUUUUAGUAGGCGAUUCAACAACGAGGGUCUUCAACAAGCUAUUCCACGCGCUUCGGACAUCUUUCGUGAGAGCUCAAUUACGACGUCAAAUAAUGUGCCAGUUCAGUCUUCUACAACAUUACUCCCUUUUAAUGUACACUCCAGGGAUGCCCCCUCUCACACUAGACCACCCGCUCAAGAGUCCACAAAUUUUCUUCAAAGACGAGGCCUUAUCGAUUUAAGCUCAACAUCCUAUCUUAAAGGAAUGCCAGUUCCCUCAGUUGACCAUGGAAGAAUAGCCGAUGGUUCUCAACUAACUUCGGACAAUUCACGAUCGCCUGUGAGACCAUCUGUUCUUCAGGACCGAGGCUUGAUCGAUUUGAAUACUAGUAUGGAGUAUGGCGCACGGGUCUCUACUACGGAAAGCUCCGACACACCUCCUGUGAUAAAACGUAAACGUAUAAACUCCUGGGAAGACUCGGAGAGUGUUUCGAGUGUAAGCGCUGAAAAGGAAGUUAAAAGGUCUAAGCAGAAGGAGAAAGACAAUGAAAAUGACAAGCCUGUUACAUACCAGUCCGGGUUGAAUGUUCAGGAGUUGCUAUCAAUCGAACGCGAGGAACAAAAUCAGUUACAAAAUCUUCACGCAGUGCAGUCCAGGUUGAAAUCCGUCCGCUCGCAAAUUCAGAAACUUUGUACCGAGCUGGACUCGCUAAGUAGCGAAGAACAACGGAUUACACUUAGAAUGGGGGAACUGCGGAAUUCGCGACUCAGUAUUCUUGAAAGUGCUUGCUACCAGAGACAAGUUCCUUUGCAGGCGAACACUGAAACGUUGAGUAGAGAAACAAGUACGGCUGCAACGCAAGUUGGAGAGGACGACAGCAAAUCAACGUCGUGUGAGUCAGAUACGUAUGUCGAUAAUUCUAGGACAGUUGGAAGUGAUCACGGGAAGAGUCAAGUAAUUGGCUCUUCCCAGGAUGUUAAUAUUAAUGCUGCGAAAAGUCCAUCGAAUGAUUGUCGCGAGGUCGGUAUGGACUCAGAGUUUGAGAUUACCCAGGCGGAGCUCGAAACUGACUCUUCUGCAUUUUCAGUUACAGAGACUUCACAGAAUACCAUCGGCUGUACUCAAUCCCCACAAUCAGUGGCACAUUCUUCUGUUAUAACAACCGCAAGAUCUGUUUCCACAGAAGAAACACCGCACAGCAGGCAGACGAGUGAGAAAUUUUUAGAAAGGCUGUUCUUAGCAUCUAAACGGGUAGCAAAGGAAACCAGCUCCACCAGCGAGGUGGAUGUGAAGCGAGCUGGUAUUUCUAAACAGACCUCUACAGCCUCGAGUGAUGGUGAUGCUGCUACUGAACAUAGUAGUUUAGGUGCAGCUGAUGCACAUAGUAGUUUUAGUGCAGCUGAUACAGAGUUAAUAGUUGAAAAUCCAGCGUUAGCGAAGAACAACCAAUCUGACCAAGGCCGAGCGGAACGAGAGGCCCAGAGCAAGGUCGUUAGUGUGCAACCAAAUGAACAAACGAAAAGUGAUCUCGUCAAAAAGGUCCAAUAUCUUCAUCCUCAGGAAAAAUCGCUCUUCAGGAAAAAGAGCUUUUCUGAUAUCAACGUUUCUAAGACAAUUGAGGCGAGUAGGAAGAAGAUUCAGUCGGUUAGAGAAAAUAUGAAUAGGUGGAAACAACAGGAAGACAGUAUUGAUACACAGCUUUCAAGCAAGGGGAAAAGUUCAAAACAACGCGAUACACUUUCUUCGUCUUCUAGCGCAAAUUCUUCGGAGAUACCUUCCAAGGACAAACAAAACCCCUCUCCUCUUAAAAUCACAAUUCCAGAUAAGCCUUCGCCUAGAAAGACUAGCAAAGAGCUGAAAAAAUCCAGCCUUUUUCAAUCCGGAAAGAAAGACUUUAAAGGAUCACGAAAAAGUAAAGCGGAGAAGUUGCAGUUAAGAGAUAAAAAACACAACCAAAAGGACGCCAUCCCGUCUAAGAGACGAAGAAUCGACGAUAGUUCGAGUAACGAUACCCAGAAUAGCGUCCCACUGGCGGAGAAAGCUUCAUUCAAUCGAAGAAGUCAAGUUGUUAGUGCUGCUGCUCAUACAACCACAGCCGAUUUAGGGGCAUCUGGAACUGAGGAAAAAGAUGAGGUCCCCACGCGAGAUGUGGUAUGUCUAAACUUUCCUUCCUGACUUGAUAAUAGUUCUAAUACCGCGUAAAAGUACAACCCAGCAGUGUUGUGUUUGACCUUUGGUAGUCCCUCUAAACGAUCCUAAGACGCUUUGUAGUCGCAUAUCGUACCCAGUUUUUCACUCGUUUGAAACACGGCAAAUUAAGUACUUCAGCUUUCAUUAGGAUGCUCACCUGUAGCCCAUCUAGAGUCGUAUGAAAUUCCCCCUGCUUGUUGGUGUGACAGUAAUUUAUGAAAGAGUUGUUUAUAUUUGCAGGACGGUCGGUCGAAGAAUACGUCAAGUGGUGUUCAUUCCCGCCCAAGUCAUCCUCAAAUGCCUUCUUCAACUGAAGAGUCCGUUAAAGAAGACUACACAUAACUCUAAAGGUAGCUUUAAAAGUAAAUUACAGCUCCUCGUUCUUUUGUAGGCUGAGAUCAGUCAGACAACACCCGAAAGCUUCUUUGUACUUUUGAUUCACCCUAACGGUUUGCACUCUUAUCUUUAGUGAAGUCGGUUAAGCCCUCUGCCGAUCGCAAAACGAUAAAACUUCUAUCAUUUGAUAACUUGUUUACUAUACCACACUGCAACGUUCUCACUAAAAGUCGUAGUUAAGUGACGCCGGCUACCACGUUUUCCCGCCAAAAUGACGUUGGUUCACGGGAGCGCACUACUUAGUAUUAGGGAGCUUAAGCAACAACGACGGCGACGGCUACAAAAACGUCAAUUAAAGAGUGAAUUCGCACCGCUUCAAACUUUAUCGGGCUUAUCCCAUCUCGUUUACUUGUUGGCAAAUGUUUUUGGAGUUGAAUUCUAAAGGAGUGUAUCAAAGUUCAGGAAAAGAAAAGAAAGUUGUUGUCUUGUGUUCCCGUCCUCGACAAAACGUGAAUUCAGGCAUUUUCACGUUGUAGCCGGGCAACGACGGCAAAGAAAUGUACAAAAAAAGCGUGAUGCACGUGCAAAGUUGUUGUUUUGCUAAUCAAACCCAUUGCUUUUUUGCCGUUCUCGUUGCCGUCCGCGUCGUCGUUGCUUAAGCUCCCUAUUGAGAAAAUCUCGUCCUCGUAGUUGUUCUCGACUUGAAAAUCUGAAGGUCUCUAUUGAGGUGACCGUUGAUGUAUAUGGAGGCAACUGGCCACGAUUGUUCAAACUAUCUGUCGGAUAAGUAUCGGAAACUAAUUGUGUUAUUCACUGCAAAGAGAUUAAACCAGCAGAUAGCGCGUUAUCCACCAUUUGAACUACUAGGACCUGUCGUGAAAGAGUUGAAUAAUAAAUCAUGGACUAUUCCAAACCUGUCAACAUAAAGUGGCAUGAACGUGCCUUGAUUUUCCUCAGGUAUCACGUAUUUAUGAGGGGUUUUUUUAAUGUGUUUUAAUUUUAAUGGCGUCUUGUUGAACUUUUACAGAUGGUAAAAAACGCGGGCCAUUUGCAACGAAGUUUGUGGGCCACAAGGGAGCAGUGUGUGGUUUAAAGGUAAGUGAAAGUCAGAUUCUUGAGCAGUUGAAAAUAGCAGUCACUGCUGAUACAGUAAAAAAAAAAACCCGCGUAUGAGAAGCUCCUUUUAAGUGUGGCGAAAUAGAUACCUGUAUUUUGGGGUACUUAUUGGCAAUUAACGCUAAGUACGUUCUUAAUCAGGUUCCUAAUUUCUAUGACGGACAUGUGCAAUAGUUACUGACUACCGGCAAAAUAACGAAACUUUGAGUGUGGUCAUUAAAAAUGCAUUAAAUAUUCACAACUGUACAUUGCAAAUCUCCCCUAUGCGAAGCCCAUGAUGACAAUUACAUGUACAGUCUGUACAAUAUAUAAACCUGUUUUUUGUAGCAAUUAGAGUAAGACUUUUAUUAGCAAUUACAGUUGGUCACAGCAUUUUCUUGCAAUAUAAAAGUCAAACUCGUUGGUUAAAAUGUUUAUCGUAAUUUAAUUGUAACCCACAGAUAAGAACCUGCUUGAUCUUGCUUGGCUAAACAAAUUCUUAUAUUUUGGGGGGGUAUUAAAGUGGCAAUUUUGAGCGAGGAGGUUUUCAAUCCACUAGUUUUUUAUACGCGGAUUUACUGUAUUACCAGUUACCUCUCCAAAGGAUUACAGUGAUUAAACUUAAAAGAGAAUGCAUCUCAGAAACGGUUUUGAAUCCUUAGUUUUAGGGCUGGAGCUAAGAAUGAAAUCAAUAAUUUGGUCAAGUGAUUUUAGAUAUUAAUUAAGGACAAGAGAUGAUAUUUAUCAGGUGUUAUGAAACGAUCUGAUUUAACGUAAAUGCAAUUUUUCAGGUGUUCAACGGUCAUUUGUUUACUUGUUCAGCGGACAAAACUACAAGAUCAUUUAGUAUUCAGGUCAGUACACCAUGUAAACCCAACCCGGGUAGCUUCUGUGGUGAGCAUUGUUUAUUUCUCUACCCCAUCAAACACAGAGGUGUCUGGAGGCUAAUUCAGAAUGGGCAACCCUGGUUGUUUACCAUUUACUUGGACAAACCGGUCGGUUCAUGGAAAAACAAAACUCUUUCAAGACUAAAAAAAAUUCCCGGUUUUGUUAAUGGUAAACAACCCCUUGCUCGAAAUAUGUGGGCGGAUUAAGAAUUUUCUAAGACCAUAAGAAAAGCGUCCUUGAAAAAGCUUUCUCGGCGCUGCAGCUUGCGCUCGAAAAACACCUCGCGGAAGGAGGUGGAGUGGGGUUUGAAUGUUUGCUUUUUGGCUGUGCGCUUUGGAAGGUUGCAUGCCAUGCCAGAUUGUAGCCUGUUCCAGGCUCCGAGAUAGUCGAGUCCGCUGAAUUGAGAAAGCGCAAACACGAAAAUAAAAUGGGAGAGCUUUUUCCCGCCCGCCAACUUUUCGUGUGCCUUUUUACUUUCGCGUCUUCCCCACUAUCUGAGAGCUUGGAACAGGUUAGGAAGAUUGAAAACAAGACAUCGGUGUGAACUGUCUGAAAAUGCAACUUGAAUCUUCGCAAAAAUAAUGUGCUGUAAUCUACCAUGCAAUUUCUUUCAUUUAUUUUCGUAUUUCAUAGAAUGGAGAAUGCGUCAAACUUUACCAAGGGCAUCAUCAAGCAGUUAAUUGUGUCGAGGUUUGUACUCACAUGUCAACACGCUCAACUAUCACUCCGUAUAUGAUCGUAGCUAUUUUUUUAUUUGUACCAAACAUGACAAUAUAUUAUUCUCAAUGUAAUUAUUCGCUGUUUUAUUGACCUUAACAACAGGUAACUGAGGAUAGUGGUCGACUUUUUACCGGCUCAAAUGACCAAACAGUGCGAAGUUACGACAUAAAGGUACCUAAAACAAUUAACGUAGCCUGCGAGCAAGCUUUCUCUGCAUUUUUUGUUUGUUUGCUUUUUAUUGUUUCCUUCCUUCCUUCCUUCCCAUCCCCCUCCCCCUCUUUCAUUUUUUGGCUCUUGUUCCAUUUCUCGCGCGGCCAAAACCGAAAAUCCCGUUCCUCGGUCUUUUUUUGCUCCAAAACCAAACGGAAACGCUUGCUACGAAGGCUUUUUGUUUCGUAUUUCCUCUGAGAGAGCUUGCUUGUACAGCAUUAGUUUGUUCUUAAUUUUUUGUCAACCAGACGUUUGCUGAAACAUACACGCGCAUCUACUCAGCGCCACGACUCAGUAGUUACCAUAUGUACCAUUACUAACACAUGAAAGCUAAGUGUUUUUUCUUUAAUUUUCAUUUUCAGACUGGCGUUUGCACGCAUAGGUUCACAUUUGAUGGGCGAGUGAUGUGUCUUCACGCAGCCUUUGAUCUACUCUUUGUCGGAUUAAACACGGGCAUAGUGGCUUCCAUAGAUCUUUUGGUAAGUGUGGCCACGAGGUGAACACUGGGUGGGUGUUAAGGUUCGUGGGUGCGUGGAGACUGCGCAGUUUCAACCCGUUUAGGGGACUUACGAUAGUUCCUCUUCCUUUUUUUACUCAAUUCUAUUAGUCGUUGCCAAACAAGAAAUGAUCAAGAAAUGUUUGUUAACGAGUUACACCGAUACGAAACACGAGACAUGCUUGUCAUUUAUAAUGCUUGGUACCCUCAUUGUUAGCUCUUUUAAUGAACUGUUAAUUGAAUGGGAGUCAUAGGUCUAUCUUGGAUCGGUAUUAGGCUCGAUUUCUCAUUUUUCCGGCCAGCGGCUUGUAAUCGAGCCUCGAUCAGGAUAAGAUUCUAGUAAACAGCACACCUACCUCUCCCUUGAACGAACGCUGAGCAAAAUAUUGGGUUAGGUGAGGGGUAGGUUACACAAAGAUAAUUGGAUCAGAAUUAAAAUUCUGGUAAACUGCCCACCUACCCCUUCCCCAACCAACUUUUAAACUAACUACUCUCCUAGGAGAAAAUGUUGGUAAUGGAAAUCUCGCGAAUUUCGCGUGAGUUAGCGUUCGAGAACGAGCAAACGAGAGUAAGCACUUGAGAGGGGGCGUGCAAGAGUGAGCGGGAAACGCGAGAGAAAAAAUAAGAUAUAGAAACUUCAUUAGAUCAAGAAGAACUAAUUGGAAAGUAAGUAAGUUCUUCCUCCAUGUCAACGCUUUAUCGUUAUAUCCCUGUCGUUUGCCAUAACAAAUUAACUGGACCAAUUGCAUUGCACUAGCGAUCAUCAAAUCCCUCCUCAUUUUUAUUAUAAUAAUCAAUAUACGCGCGUUCGGCGAUCUCUGAAGAGAGAAUAGAAGGUCUAUAAACAGGCCCGCGUUUUUGAAUAUUUAAGCGGACCAUUAUGGACUUAGCCUUAGAUAAUUAGCCCCUCAAAUCCCAGUGAUCAUCCGCAAGAAUGUUCCAACUAAUAUUUCUGAUUUUAAGCCUGAUGAAAUUUUUUACAGGUUUCAGUGAAAAAGUGUUCUCUCAUCUAAUUGUGGUUUUACAAAUGUUUUUUGCAAAUAGGUGUAGAAAUGUUGGAUCACUCAUUAGUCUUGAACUAUUGUCAGUGCCAGUUUAGACAGUGAAAUCGGCGCAGUGACGGUGCUUCUGUGACACACGCUGAUUUUCCAACGAACUUGCACCAAAAUGUUAUAGCAAAAUCAGAAUUUGACGACAGUUUUCUGGUUUUAAACAUUUUGUAGCGUCAUUUCUUUUGUUAAGUACAUAUGGUCAAACAACGCUUAGUUUUUCCAAGUAAAUGCAUUCUCCGUUGCUUUCAACGAAGUAAUACGGAAACCAUAAUGUAGAACCGUGUUGCUGCGCUUGCAAACUGUCAGCGGUUGCCAGGCUUAAACUCUGUCUCAGGCUCUUUCGGUCAUCUUUGUUCAAAGGACUGGUAUCAGAUGUUGAAGACGGCAUUGUUAUUUCCUCCACUUCGUGGCCUUUGGCGCGUGGAACCCAGUUAAGCAGAAACAUUACGGCCGUGGACAGUAUUGUCACUGCACCCGUGAGAAAAAACGACGCGCUGUAGUCUUUAGUCGUGUCAUAGAGCGAUCCCGCAAUGGGCGGUCCAAGCGUUUUUGGAAAUGCCAUUAUGCAAUAAAGCACGCCUAUAGCGCUACUGACUUUGCGCGGGCCUACGAUAUCCCGCGUGAUCACAGGUACAAGCAUUUCAUAACCACCAUCGAGCACGCCGAAUGCAGACGCAUACACGCAAAUCCAUUCGUAUUUUUUUGCCAGUGUAACAACGGAGGAUGAAAUUGCUAUCGAGAGCAGGAUAAGUUGGCAAAUUUUAAGGCGGUUAAACUUCGGAAGAUCACAUACAGCUCCAAAUAUUAGACUUCCCAAGAGACCCCCGCCGGCCAUGUAACCUGUUAGAAGGGAGGCUUGGCUCUUACUUGCUCCUCUGUCUUCAGCGAAGCGCACCUGAAAGGGAGUAAAACUGACUAAAAACACUUUUCUAAUAACAUAAUAACCCUCUUACUGCCACAAGUGAUCACCAAAGUCAAAGUUUGGCAAAGAUUUUCAAUUUUCAUUGUGUAAAAUGCUGAAAAACAAAUGGCACCAUGUGAAAGUAUUAACAAUGAGGCUUUAUAAAUUAUUAAAAUGGUCACACCACAAGAUUUCAUUCACCGACUCGAAAGGUAGUAUUGCACACCAAGUAAUUAGUACCACGUGUACCAUGUUUUGUGGUGUGAAUGUGGCGUUUCCUAAUGAAAUUGUUUUCAAAACAAAUUUGCGCAAAUGUUUCAAUCUUCAACUGAGCUUCUUGCCAUCUUAGGCCUAUUGCUGGUUCGCACGUGACGUCACGGCAGCCAUGUUGGUCAAGAACAAAAGCAUUUCUCUCCUCUGGGAACUAAACACUAUUUUCAUGUAAGUUGUUCAAGAAAAAAUUCUAUGGUUUUGACCCCUAACAUGGCCGCCUUGUCACGUGGUUGGAAACCAAAAAUAUGAUAACUUACCAAAUGGACGAAAGGCACCAAAAAAACUAACAUAAAAAUGCAAAGCGCGGCGACCCAGAUGGCGUAUCCUCUGUUUCUAAAAAUGGCAAAGUCGCACAUCUUUUUCCUGUUAAAUUGCGCUUUUUCGCUUUCUACUGGACGAAACGUCAGUGCACUAAGAAACAUUAGACUCUGAACGCCAGCGAGAAUUCGAAAUGUCACCGCAAGUCCGUAUUUCGACGAAAGGGUUUGUAUGAAAGGGCCAUAUGCGAGGGUACCAAUAGCUGCUCCCGCCAGCGCCAUCCCAGAUGCAAGGGCCAGGCGCCUUCUGAAGUACUUGGUUAGAAUCACAAGCGAAGGGAAUAAACCGAGACUUGAUCCCAGGCCCCAAAUCACACCAUAUGUAACGAACAGAGGCUGAAGUGUUGUUGCAAAGGAGCUGGCGAAGAGUCCUGCGGCCGAUACAAAUGAGCCCGCAAUCACCACUACUCGACUUCCGUAACGUUCAGCUAGGGUAGUGCCAACAGCGGCAAAUAAGUACAUCAUGCUGGAAGCCAGUGAAACCACCCAAGCUGCCAAAGAGUAUAAUAAAUAUUUUACCUGACGAAAGUAUCAAAUCACGUCGUGAAAAAUACUGAAAAACAACUGGUUUCGUUUGAAAGUACUUACUGACACGUGAAAGAUCAUCGAAGUUAUUUAUGCGGCUUAACAUUUGACAUAAAGUCCUUAUAACCCAAAACAUUUGAGGAGCCGGACAAGAUCUUGAUAUGACUUCAAAAGCUUUAGUAUAGUUCUUAAAGAAAGUAAGAUUUCAGUGGUAAAGAUCAAAUCCUUCCGAAAAAAAGAUUUAAAAAAAAGACGAAAGUACUGUAUUUAUUCUAAUAAGCACCCAGCCUCUAAUUAGCGCCCAGCUCGAAUAACCGCUCAUCCUAAAUGCAGAAAAAGUUGAUAAGCUCCCAGCCUCGAGUAAGCACCCACCCCUCCCCCUCCCACUCAAACUCCAAUAAGUACCCACCCCCACCCCGCCCCCUUCCCCCUCCCUCCUAGUUGAGAGAAGAUGAGAUUGGAAUUGAAAUUGAAUAAGUACUAACAAGGACUUCUCCGAAGACGAAGUUUUCUUCAGAGUAUUUUACAGAAAUCUUGCUUUGUUACAUCUUCGCGUUUUGUUCUUACAAUUCAUUGUGUCGUUGCAAAAUAAUAAUGCUACACUUGCUGAAAAUGGUGAAAAUUUUAAGCACCUAGCCUCGAAUAAGCCCCACUCUCAAGGUCCGUAAAUUUAAUAAGGGCCCAGGGCCCAGUUGCUCGAAGCAUGUUUAGCGUUAACCAGCGUUUAAUACCUUGACAACGUGUUGGUUUUGAUAAUGCUUAACCAAUGGUUAAAGCUAACCAUGCUUUGAGCAACUCAGCCCAGGGCGGUUAAUCGAAUAAAUACGGUAACCUUAGGAGCUUAGGUAAGGUGGAUUCUUUUUCCGGUUCCGGAAGUCUGUGGGGAUACCUGCGUACCACCAUUUUUUUCUAAAAGACAGCGACAGUUUCUAUUUCAUUUUUUUCUGUGUUAACGUCAUUUAUUAGUUUUUGCUUUGUUUUAUUGUUUCCUUUUUUUAUGAAUGACACGAACAUCGAGACAUAAACACGUUGUAAUCCCGGUGCAAGAGAAAAUUUGUUGCUCACGACACUGAAUUACCAAGAACGGUAUCAUCUUUAUUUCAUUGUCCAAGAACUCGUAAUCAUUGUCUUUGAUUACUCUUGGAUUUUAAUUUUGCCGCUCGGAAUUAAGCGGUCUUAUAGUUUGUUGCAUCCUUCCUAACCUUAAAAAAGGCCAAAGCCAUUUUAUUGUUUGCUCUCUCAAGCUAGCUGUUAUUCUGUAAGUUGUGACUUAGCUAUACUAUAUUAUGACUUAUAGAUGUCAGAAAUAUGAGCUGAGAGUGAAAAUAAUGUACAAACGCUCUUUGUUAAAGUAGUCGAGCAUGAUAUGAGAAACGUUAUAGUAUUUGAUCACUUCAGUGUGAACUCUCUUAAUCAAGUCGUGGCCAAAUAAAAUGUAGAAUUUUUGCCUCAUUAAAAGAGUUGUAACUUAACAGAAGUACAGUAAGUAGAGGGCAUUUUUUCGAGUCGACUUUUAUCAGCUGUCUGGCGCAAAGACACAGCAUAUCUCAUCCAUACCUGUUUCUCCUCUUUGCGUGGAAUAUUCCCAAAGAAGCUCAGAGUAUACCACUCCAGCCGAGUUUUGUUGUCCAAUGGUAAGAAAAUUUACCACAAGCGCGCCUAAACAUACUACCCAACCCCAGCCGCCAUCUGGAGGAGUAUGUCUUUGCUCCGGGCCGUUUCUCCCGCGUUCUUUGUCAUCGUUUGCCACGGAAUCUGCGCUUUUUGAUUCUGGAGGACCUGUCGCCAUAACGGUCAUGUGUUUUUGCUCCGAAAAAAAAAAUGUACACGCAUAUUUACUGUUUGACCUUUUUUUUUUUUACAUUGCAUAUCCUUUUCGUAGCCGGUGCAAGGCCAUCCGCUUGGAUACGUCAUGUUAUCUAAGUAGUAAUUAAGUUUGACCUUUGUAAGUCUUUGUAGAUUAACGGAAAUGUCGGCUUUUCUAUUUUUUCUAAGAGAAAUUCAAUUCUUAUGUUAUAUUAUUUCGUUGUUUCGAAGGCUAGAUAUAUGAAUUAGAGCUAUUGUGCUAUUUCUAUUCCAAAUUUUUUAACAUUUUCCGCGCUGACGUAGAUGCCGCACUGGGUGUGAAUAUGUUUUUUUUGACAACAUCCCUUGUUCUCGAAAAUACAGUCAGCCCCGUUAACACGGACAUUAGAGGGCUCUAGAAAGUACCGUAUUAGCGGGGUGUCCGUAUUAAGCGGGUUGACUUUAGAGAAAAGAUAAGGGCUUUCUUUCCUCAGGUUACAGCAAACUGUCUGUAAUAGUGAGUUGUCCGUAUUAAGCGGGAGUCCGUAAAGCGUGGUUCGAUUGUAUCAAGUUCACUACUCACUCAGAAAAGCAUCCGUCUAGUUUAGUCGUUUGACGGAAAUAGAUUAGAAUGGGUGUUUUAUUGGACUGUGAAAAAGGCUAUAUCACGAGGAUAUUGCUGCUUUAGAUCAAUUCUCGGUUUUCACUCACGUGAGAAUUAAUUAACGCAGAAAUAAAAAUGGAAAUCUUUUAAUACAGAAAGUCUAGAAUCUGGGAAAUGAAAGAAAAUAAAUAUUCAAAAAGCCUUGCCAAGAAUCAGGUCUGUGCAAUAGUUCAUAUGCGAGAUAUUCGGAAAAACGUUUUACCCAAAUUUAUAAAGCUUUGUAUGGAGACGCCAUUAAAGUAAUGUUUAUUCUAAGACAAAGAAUGUUUAGAUAGCAAAGUGUCCAAAAAUCCGGGAUGUUUUUGACCCGGCCGCCAGCGAAAUGCCGCGUCACGCAAAAGCCUGGAAAUUCAAGCUUCCUAUAUCGCAAAACAAAGAACCCUUUUGAACCCGAAAAAUUGUUUGUUUAAAGGUUUUAAGGUGCUCUAAUAUCACAUGAAAGUAGAAACUCAGAAGAAGCGAUAGUUUCUUUGUUUGAAUUUUUGUGACGUCAUGUGAAAACCAAGAAUUACUUAGUGCCAUUUCCAAAUUUCGCCCCAGGUAAGAAAAUCCGGAACCCUACUCACGAUUGGAACCCAGAAUCCAAGUUCUACUGACAAAUACUGGAAUCCAGUACCUGGAAUCCGGAAUCCUCAGCGUAGAGUCCAGAAUCUAAGACUGUCCUAGAUUCCCUUACAUUGGGCGUCAUAUUUAUGAUGCGCUCAUAGAAUUAUGAAGAAGAUAGGACAAAUUUCAUCAGGGACCAUACCAUAAUAAUUGUUUGGGUGAUUUUGCAGGCAUAACAUUAAAACGUUAAAAAGUUUGCCCAUUUUUUCAUGUUUCAGUCGUUGUCCAUUCUUGCCAUCGGUAGCAGUAGACGACAGGAAACAAUUUAAAUGCCUAAAUAUAGCCUGAAAUAAUCAAACUGGACCAUUAUUUGAGAAUGCAAUUGAUGCGAAGACGCGUUUUACCUUUUCAAAAAUGGAGUAACUUGCGCUUUUAACUCCUGUUAGUCCGUCGCUACGUUUCCUGUCUUGUAUUAACAAUGCCAAGGUCGCGAACUAACCAUUUAGUAGCGAAGGUGGUUGGACAAGAAAUUCCUCAUGAUAGCCACGUCUCCUAACGCGAAUUUCCGACAUACUUCAUCUUAGCUUAAGCCUUGCCUCAGGGAAAAAUUUCGCAUGCAAAGCUUGUACCGAACAUAGAAUAACUGGCAGAACGAUCAGUAACUUGCGAUAGUCGAACGAAUUCGCGAUUUAUGCUUUUGUUUAGGGCUACUGAAAACGGGUACGUAUUGUUCUUCGCGUUUCGUAAGUUGCAGUUGGGUUUAUUUCGUGUUAUUUUGUUAUUCUUUUGUCUUGAUUUAAGAGUCAAGGGUCCUUUCGAAGUGGGUUUAAAUAAGGCCAAACAUCUAGUUUACAAGUUGCACCCUCUGCGUAGCAGAUAUUUUAAGCUUUAUCGUAAUCUGUAGACAUGCGUGCGAGUCCUUCCUGACCUUGAUUUUAAUUUGUACCUGCGGCAAGUCUAUGAGUUUCCAAUAAACCUUGUUUUAACUGUCAUUCGUUUUGCUAUGGCCAUCGAAUGUUUAUGUCUUCGCGUGGGUCUGUUUUUUUCAAUAGAUUUACUAGGUUCUUUUAAUUUUGGGGGUAAAAUGGGAAUUUUCUAUGGUUGGUUUAUUAAAUUUAACUAUAAGUCGCCUCAUGCGGUUUUUGAAACCACAUUGAUAAGGUCAACCAAAAUAGAGGACUUUGGGAUCGCGAAAAUAUAUUUUCAAAAAGUUUGUAUACCUAUAAUGGGGUAGGGCUCUAAAAACAUCACGCCUAAGGUGUGAUUGUCGUGCCUCAUACGGUUUUUUGAGAAACAGGCAAACUAUUCAAGUUUGUAUACCUGCAAAGUGUCACGCCUGCAGAUCACAAACUUCGAUCUCACGCCUACUCACGUCUGUCUAAAAACUUAGUGAGUUAAGUUCAUGGAAAGUUCGAUAUCUGGCUGAGCUUAGUUCGUCUGAAUGCACGUUCUGUCCGUCUGCUACGGCUAACGUUUAAGAAAUCAAUAGUUUGGGAAACUGUUACAAGAUUCCAUCGGUUGAGACCUCUAAAGACUUGUCCGGGAUGGGAAAAAAAGCUGAAAUAGGGGGUCCAUCAGCCACGAAGCAAUACACUUAAAGCCGUAAAAAGUAAUAUUGGCACUCUCAAAAUGACAUCCUCUGGCUAGAAAAAAUAUUACGGUUAACAUUUUUGUUGUGACUAUGGUUAACUGAAUAUUUUCAUUUUCCUUUUUUUACGCCUUAUCCAUAAAACAGCCAAAAACUUAAUCGUGACGGUUCACUAAAGCUUCACGUAUACGGCAAACGACAGAUUCAAGUUGAAAAUUUCUCAAAGUAGAAAAUGAGCAGAUAAAAACGGUCAAAUAGCUCGAAUUCUGUUAUCAUAGGACUGUCGUAGGGGUUGGAAUGUGAUUCGGGGAUGAAAUUACAAAGUUUGUCCUUGACCCUUAUUUCAGUCUGCCGGUACAACAUCCGUUUAUUCAGCGAUAUAUUUCGACCGCUAAAACAUCCGCUUGUUUGGCGGCACGUACGGCUGUCCGGGUUUGACCUUGGCAUCCGUUAACAGUCUGUGUAAAAACCAGGGCAGUCUUUCAUAAUGCAAGGAUCGCUUAAAAUGAAGCUGGGGGCGGCGUCUUGGUGUAGAAAAGGAUUAGCGCAUAUUAACGUAAAUUCAAUUGUAUGGCUGGUCAGAUAGCUGAAAAAAUGGCUACUUAAACCGUUUAACCCGAAUAUCAAAAUUGAAAGUCCCCUAUACCCUUACCCUUACCCUUACCCUUACACAUUUGCUAUGGAACUCGUGGUGAGAAGUUAUCAGGAGCCGGCUUCGGAAGUUAUUAAAAUAUCAAUCAAUUAAACUGAUUCGUCUUAUGUGACAGCAGUGAUUUUGACACAAAUAGUUAUGGUGAGUCCUGGGACUCAUCUUGUGAAAAAUUACGAGUCCCUGUCCAUAACCGAUGAGUCCCAGUUCAAAAAAAAAACAACAGCAAUGCAUCCUAAAUUGAAAAUGCUUGGGCCUUUAUGUAACCAGACAAGUUAAUCUGGAGACAGACACCAAAACUCUUUAUUACAGUUUACUGAAAUUAAAAUAUCGUCCCUCUAUAUCUUUAAAGCACAAAAAAGACUUAAAAUAAGUAUGCAACUUUUUAGACAACAGCCACAGAAAACACGCGAACACGCGAUAUUCUACCAAAAAAUCUUCAAAUCGAUCAAUCUUCUUUGCGUCCUACGGGACGCAUGACAUAAAUUAUUUUGCGUCUUAAGCGAUUUUUAUGCAUCAGGGACGCUGGACGCAGAGGUAACAAAAUCACUGUACAGUGUGAUCACUUCUUCAAUUCUUGUCACGAAUCUGUUUUAUAGAACAUUGAUGCUGAUUACUCUCAGCGCUUGAAGGGUAAAUGCGCUUGGUUUUGCGCGCGUUUAAUGUGUGAAAACCAUUCCUUGAAUUAAUUUGAUUGACAUGUGAUUGCCAGUGUGAACGCGAGCCUACCCUUGGCGUUCCCGUCAGCCGUAUUUACUCUGUUCCUCCUCCUGUUUGAACGGCUUCCGCACAGACCAUCGUUAUUCUCAUGCUCAUCGUGUUUAAUUAACCAUCGCUGUUACAAUUAAAUGGAUAAGAUUGACAUCCAUAAUUCCUUAUUCAUUCCUAGGCUAACCAGUUACUUGAGCGGUUACAUUGCCACGAGCCACGUGGUGUGAGCUGCUUGACCACGGCUACCGAAGGUCAGCGCAAGUUGCUGUGCUGCGGUUCAUUUGACUCCACCAUAACAGUCAGAGACUAUAAGGUACUUUUCUUCUCUAUAUCACGUGAUGUAGAUGACAGGUCAGCAAUUUAAAUUGGCCAUUUGUGAUUUGUCCUUAGCCUUUUUUUAAAAAACGAGGUUACGUGUAAAUUUUUUUUAUUAUUAUUUGUAAUACUCUUUUUUUUCUUUCAAUUUACUCAGACUGGUCUUCUUAUUCGGACCUUUAACCAUCACAACAUGACGGUUUUAUGUAUGCAGGUAUGUUGUGUAGUCAUCAUAUCAAAUAGAAAUUUUCUGCUAUGGACUCCCGGGUCUGGACUUAGAUGAUUCCUAUAGUAUUGGAUCAAACCUUUACUCUUGUUUGUAUUUCAUUGCAGGUCGUGAAUAAUAUCUUGUAUAGUGGAUCCGCUGACAUGAACGUGCAGGCUCAUAAUUUGAGCGUAAGUCAUCGCGAGCGUAGUAGAAAAUAGUUUAAGAAAUAGAAACAAAUGCGUUUCCAUGAAAGCGAAGUCUUGCAGACAUGUAUGAGCUGUUCGUAUUUCCCAAGACCAUUAAGCCCUUUCAGCGUCUUCAAUUGUGUAAAAACGAAGGCGCAGAAAAAGUUUACUUUUUCUUUUAUGAGCCAUAAGAUUACGGUAUAGGAAUGUAAAUUGUGACCUCGAGCAGAUAUUGAAUUUCUCGUCCUUUCUAUCGCCAGCGAUUAUGUAAAGCUCUCAUAUAAGUCUUUAACCACUAAAAUAUUAAGUAACACCGAAGGUUUUUUUCAUGUUGUAUAUUUCCAGACUGGAGAGCUAAUACGAAGUUUCCAUGGUCACACUCGGAGUGUCAGCGGUCUUCAGGUGGUCGGUAGAGUGCUAGUCACGUCAUGUUUGGACAAACUUAUUCGCUGCUAUGACCUAACGGUACGUAGUUUUGUUGUUUGUUGCUCUCGCCACUUGCAUUUAAGUUUAAGUUUAAGUUUAAUAAUUCUUUUUACCAAUGUACAAAAUAAAAAUAUAUAUACAUAUAUAAAAGUACGAUAGGUAAAGGAAAGCAAUAGGGGGAAAUUGAAUUCCCAUAUAAAAACUGCCCUCCAAAACGAAAAGAUAAAACUAUUAAGAAUAGAAAACUAAUACAUAACUAUACAUCACGUGAUACUAAGAGAAAAAAAAAACAAAAACAAAAACAAACAAAAAAAAAAACAACCAAAAUUUAGUUGUUUUUGUUUUUUUUUCUCCCUUUCCCCUUCCCCUUUUCUUUAAUAAACUACUUAGAUAUUAAAUAAAAAAGAAAAUCCAGAUUCAACAGGAAAUAAUAAACAUCUGACUAUUUACAAAGAUAAUUAAGUAAUAAAGUUUUAAAAGAGUUCAAGCUGGAAGCAGACAUAACGGAGUUUGGUAAAGAGUUCCAGUCAUUAACGUAACGAUUAAAAAUUGAAAAUUUAAAAUAUUUUGUCCUUGCUGCUCUAGGCCUGAUUUUAAAGUCAUGGUUUCUUCUAGUUCUUGUCGGGCCAGUCAGAAUAUCUUAUGGUAUUAACGAGGAAGUGCGUGACGUUCAUGACGAUCAAAAAGUGAUAUCACAAGAAGAAAUUUGCUCCUCGUCAUUAUUGACGCUGAAAGCGGUUUUGAAACGUAAUUUUGCCACUUUGAAGGAACUGGCGCCAAAGUAUGAAAAGUGUAGAGCGUUUUCACUCACGUGGCCAUCAAUUAUUCAAAUUUAUGGACAUAAAAGUUCAAUGUUUUACAUAAGGAAAGGCUCAACUCCCACAGGAUUGUUUUGGGACAUCAACAUGGCCGCUGUUAUAUUUUGAUUUGGGACACCAAUGUGGCAGACGUGACGUCAUGUGAAAACGCUCUAUAAACAUGGCUUUAAAACAGUGAAAGGUCUUUGAAAUAUCACAACAAGUACAAAAGAAGGCAUGGAUAGACUUAAUUGAAGAGUACUUUAAGAUGGACUAUUGUUGGAGUUUUAUGACAUCUGUUCUUUGAGUUUAUUUUUCAAAGUUUAUCUCCAUUGUGUGAAUCAGGAAAAUAUGACGAGGGCUCAGGUGAUAAAAUUGAUAUUUUGGAAGACUAAACAAAUUUGACUUAACUGCCUUGCUCCGUUCCGCUAAAAAGCUGCUUCCUACAAACUUUAUCACAUAGAUUUGUAUGUAUGUUCUUGUAAAGAGACCUUUGAUGAACAAGCGAACCAAAUCAACAACCAAUCAUUGAUUUUUCCUCAUAUAUUUACUUCUGUAGACGGGAGAACUUCUCCAGGUGUAUGGAGGCCAAAUAGACAUGAUCUUCUCUGUGCUGGUCAGCAAUGGAAGAGUAAGUUCCUAGUUGUGUAUUUGGUAGGGUAACGAAAAGCAAUUGAUUAUGUGGCUUGUUCACAGCUUGCCAUUUUCCGCAUUAUUGUGUGUCUAGGGCAUUUUUAACUCGGAAAAAAAUAUCUUGAUAGUUCCUCUUUAAAUAAUGACUUUUGCUUUCUUCUUCAUCAGAUAUUCAGCGGUGGGCGAGAUGGCUCUGUUGUGGCAUCUAAACUGGAGUUAAGGGUUUACCACCCGUGCAAGGUAACGAACUGCUCCCUCAGUUGUUCUUGUACAUAUCUCAUUUGAAAAUUUUCAGGUUUUUCCUUUCCCUCUUUAUAAAAACUACGUGAAAAAAGGGAUAACGGGAAAAGAAAAUUCCGAGGGUAAAUUCCUCCUCCACCUCCUCCCCGUGUCUAUGUGCUUUCCCCUCUCUUCACCUUGUCUUCCGCAAAAGCCUGUUCAUAAGUUUUCACUUACUGAUGGGUUUCUGGAAAACUGCCCACCUACCCCUCCCUAAGUCAACAUAAACACUUACCUCUCACUAAGCGCAAAACGUUGGAUUAGGGGAGGGGUAUGUGGGCAGUUUGCCAGCAACCUAAAUUGAUCCUAAAGGAUCUUACUUCCGGUUUUUAAACGCUAUCAAAUCAUAUCUCACCUUUUGCUUGUUUUCUUUUCCUUCAGUGGGAAAAUUGCGACCUCAAUUUUGGCAUAGUAUCACACCUGAAAAACCACAUACGAGGUAAUAAAUAGUUAUUCUCUGCAUAGCUAAGGUUCUUUAACGCUACGUAUUUCCCGUCGACUAAAUUCAGUUUCCUUAGUAAGUCUGGUUUUCAACUUCUACCGUGCUCGGCACACUUUGCGCGUUUAAAUCUCUGCUCGACAAACGCUGUGGGUAGCGUUCAUAUAAACGCACUAUGCCAAAGCUACAGCCUAAAGUGGUAAUGCGGUGGAACAUUCUUUUUUCUGUUGCGCCAGUCUAAACUUAUUUGAAAAUCCUGCUUGAGCCAGGCCUAAAAUGUGCGCCGUGUUAUUUUAUUUAUUUUUUCCCAUCAAUAUUUAUUUAAGCCUGUCAAUACAGCCGUCUUUUUUUUAUCGUCGAUUCUGUGGGGGGCGGGAAGGGGGGGUCAAUGACACGGCAGAUUUUAGGCCAGGCUGUAGCUGUUACUGGAGCUCCAAGUGAUGUUUUUGACAACUAUUCCUCGACUCAGACUCAGAGGCCAUGAGGGCGAGAGGAAUAACUGUUUUAGUAAAAUCCAACUAGUUGACAAAAAUAUCGACACAAAACAACUUUCGCUGGUUAAAGCUAAACUUUAUUCCCUUUUUUUUGCCGCCAAAAAGCCGGCGCUUUUCGCUACUAGUGGGCUAUAACAUACAGCCUUGUAGUAGCUCAACCAAUCAGGCAUUGAUAAUAGACCUCUAGUUGGAUUUUCCUAACUAUAUUAUUUGUACUUAAGUUUUUGUAGGUGUACCCUAUUACGAGUAGGAGACGGCAAGUCCAAAUUACGCCUACAUGUGUACAUGAAUCAGACAAAAUUUGUCAGAAACAGUUCCCUAGCGUAUGAUCGCCUGACCUGUACUUUAUAAAGUGCAGAAAAAUUUAACUAAAAUACGAAAGUCCCAAAAGUCCCAACUUGUCUUGUCAUUACGUCAUGUUGUAGAAUAUCACGUGAUGGAACAAGGAGCCGUGGAAACUUGUCAUUGGUCACAUUGUGGGCACCAGUUCUCCCGUGAUGACGACAUAGGAGUGAGUAUUUCGUUUGACUUAGAAUACCGAGGGGUAGAGGUUGAGUCCUUUUUACUGAAAUACUGGGGGGAGGGUAGAAGAGUAACACUGCUUGGUUCCAUACGACAGUUGUCCAAAUUAAAAUCCAAAAAAAGAUAGAGAGGGAUACGUCAGCCUCGUUCCCAGAGAAAAUCCUUUAAUAAGAACGACCGAGACCAGGUUUUAUGAGCCCGUGAGACUGAGCAGCCCACCCAAACCUUUGUUUUCACUAGAACCGCUGGACGCCACAACCUGGUUGAGGUCGUUGUUAUCUAAGGUCUUCCGUUCACAGGGGACCCUGGGAACGAGCUUGGAGAUUCGUGUAGGGCCUUUUCACUUGGCGUAAAUUCCGCCAUGUUGGUGUCCCAAACCAGUCCUUUGGGAGUUGAACUCUUUUCUUAUGUAAACGCUGUCUUUUGUCGCAAUAAAUUUGCAUACCUGCUGACCACGUGAGUGAAACACUCCUUUGUAAAUGCUCUAUAAAUCCCUUGGGGCUUGAAAAGUGUUUUAACUAGAGGAGAGAGGGGGGCUGCUGAAUAAAGUACCCGUAGGAGGAACUGAUAGGCUAGAGUUAGCGUACACUUCUUUCUCUUUUGGUCGAGGGCAAUAACUGUGUGACGUUAAGAUUUGAUUGCUGUAAAACGUGUUUUCCUUUCAUAGUUCAGUUCACAUGAAUUGUUACAUUCACACCACGAUUCGCGUAGCCUGCGAAAACAGCCGUCUCCUUCCUCCUUUCUGCUGGGACGUUUCGCCAGCUUAUUAAUACAGUUUGUCCUUUAUUAAUUUGGUUGUCAAAAACAUGGUAGGAGGUUAGGGGAGGAAAUAAACGGAAAAGGGAUGAGUAACUUUCUUCAUCUAAAUAGAGGAGCCUUAUCAGAAAAGAGACUUGCUGUAAUAAAUAAUCUACUUAAGCUCAAUUUGACUCACUCUGCUCCUUCCACCCUAAAAGUUUUUCUUUUUUACGUCACUACAGGCUGUCCUCAAGCACGUGUUAGGUCACGUGGUGACGAAAACAGCAAGGAAAUCUGCAGGCUAAUGACGGUUGUCGGUAUUUCACUUCUACUGAUGUAUUGUGAUUUACAGUAUGUUAAUAUUUUUGAAGGACAACGACAGUGCUGUGUGUAACACAAAGAGAAGGCUCUCUUUAGCUCGCUAGUGUAAUAACAAAAAAGAUUUUGCAUCAGCCAAGAAAAUGGUUAAAAGCCAAUCCUCGACUUUUACGCUUCGGUUGCUUUAUUGAUACGUCUUUCUUUUUAAUCGCACAUUGAAGAGCAACAGUUGUUAAGAAUGGCAAGUACUUCUGAAGUGUCUAAAUGUAAAUACUUUGAAAAGAAAGCAAGUUGUUGAAUUGGACUGAAGUUGUGUUCAUAUGUUUACCUGAAAGUGCGGCUCAUUCGCCGCUCAGUAUCUCUUUAAAAGUGACUACGAUCCUUUUGGCCAGCACUUCAUCCGCUCGACUGAGUUGACCGUUGUCUAGUCGUUAAAAACAACUGAUUUAUACUGACUCGAGGCUCAUCAUAAAGGCGAAGACAUGCUUUUGUACAUAAGAUACAUAGAAGAAUAUUAUAAACUAGAUAAUAACUGUCGACUGUUCACUAUAGAUUUUCAAAUUAAGGUACAGACUUACUGCAUGCAAAAUAUCUGAAGUACCACACAGAUCAGACGCAGUUAGAAACCACCUCAUUCUGUUUGUUUUGAACUAUUUUUCUUUCUAAUAAAAU